AUGGUGAUGAUGAUUUUAUUAUUAAAAGAGAGUUGGUGCUCUGAUGGAUGUUUGGAGAAUGAGAGAAUUGCUCUGUUGCAAAUCAAAUCUCAUUUCAAUUCUUCUUCUUCUUCUUUUUUUAUGUCUGCUUUGGAUAUAACUGCUGACUGUUGUAAUUGGAAACGCGUAGACUGCAACGCCACCACAGGGCAUGUUGUCCAACUCUCUCUUGAUGGUGUAAGAAGCACAGAAGGAGAUUAUUGGUAUCUAAAUGCUUCUUUGUUUCUUCCCUUCCAGCAAUUGAAUUCUCUUUCCCUGUUGGGAAAUAAUAUAGCUGGUUGCAUCAAGAAUGAAGGUUUUGAAAGGUUAUCAGCACUUGGCAAUUUGGAGGUUCUUAAUUUAGGUGACAACAGUUUCCACAAAAGCAUCUUAUCAUCUCUAAGUGGUCUUUCAUCUUUAAAAUAUUUAUAUCUAUAUGGAAAUAGAUUGAAAGGGAUAAUUAACAUUGAAGAGUUCAAUCAUCUAAUAAGUUUGAAGGAUUUGAGUUUAUCGGAUAAUGCAAUUGAAGGCUUUAUAUCUUCAAAUGGUAAUGAAGAACUGAAACUGAGCAAUUUGGAGUACCUUUCUUUAAGUUCUAAUCAUGUUAAUAUCAGCCUUUUAUCACCACUCACUAGACUUCCAUCUCUCAAAUAUUUAGAUUUAGAAUAUAAUCAACUGGAAGGACCAUUCAAUUUCAAAGGUUAG